AGUGAGGUUGAUCUUCGCUUGAAAUAGAAGUCACCUAGAUUUCACGAAACCAAGGUUGGCGGCCACGAAGGAAUACUUAUUCACAUACGAUACUAGCGACAGAAAUACGCAUAUUUCACUAUAAAGAAGUUUCUUUUCAAUCACACUUGUGUACCACAGCAGUACUCGUACUAGUUCCAUCCGAGAAAAGAAGAAAUGUCGACCGCAAAAGCCCCGGGUGGCGCAGAUUUGCGCAAAUUCAUGGAGAAGCGACUGGACAUGCAUCUGAAUGGGAACCGGCACGUCGUGGGCAUCCUGAGAGGGUAGAGUUCUUGUUUAUUCAUUGUGAGGUUGAUAAGUUUGCAUCUUACGACGUGCAGCAGAGAAUCGUCCUGUAGUACCCCACCGUUAUGAUUUACUUUGCAACACGAAUAUGAAAAACCCAGGUACGACACUUUCAUGAACAUUGUCCUGGACAAUGCAGUGGAAAUCCGAUCUCCGACGGAGAAAUACGAAAUCGGCAUGGUGGUAAUUCGCGGCUCAAGUAUCACAAUGUGGGAGUGCUUGGACAGGGUGAAGUAGUCACAAUGUAGGACUGGAGUGGGUGGACAGUGAAGAAGAGAACUAAUGCUGUACCUACAACAACGUAGUUUCACACCACGGAGGAUGGGCGGGGACUCGGAUUCUAUACCAAGUAAAAACGACACGACUACUUUACCAGAGAAUACAGGAGCAUCUGUUGAUUCGUCAGCCUCUCGGCGGGCAGAGAUGAUGGAGCAUUUUACUUCUUGCUCGAAAAACAAAAAUUCAGGGAUUGCGACAGUGCAUCACACUUGAGCUGGAUGAAGAUGAAGAUGAAGCACUAUUUUGAAUAGUUCUGAGGCCCAAGGAACAACGAAGUUUGCUGCUCUUGUAGCAGAAGCAGAUGAUCACGCAGACCACAUGUAGAUGCUAUCUUUCUGAAGAGAAUUUUUUGAAAUACAGCGCAAGACGAGAGUGGUAAGGCGGAA